CUCUAAGAAAGAAAGACAAGAGAGUGAACUGUGAAAAGAAGCGAAGUCAGUUUAUAUCGGCCGUGUGUCCAGCUCUGUGACUCUCUAGGUAUUGUGCCACCUGUACUACGUAAAGAAAGAGAACAUGAAGAUCGAGUUAGCUUGUGCGUGCGAGUUUUUGGCGAGGAUGAUGCUAAGCAAGAACCUUCCCGUCCAAUUCAUCAAGCCGUUCUCUGAGAGACUGGGAGAGCUCUUAGAGAAGAAAUACAAGAACCACUGGCAUCCCGAGAACCCGAGGAAGGGGAGCGCUUACCGCUGCAUUAGGAUAAACGGGAAGAUGGAUCCUGUACUUAGCGAGGCAGCAAAAGUGACCGGGCUCUCUAACAUCUCUCUCUACCUUCCCAGGGAAUUCACAAUGUGGGUCGAUCCUAACGAGGUCUCGUACAGAUUCGGCGAAGAAGGCAGCAUAUGCCAGUGCCCACUCUCGACCUCGAACCAGGAAGAAUUCCCAUUCACUGAGAGCCUCCACCAACACAAGUCAUGUGCUGAAUGGUCAUCAAAGAGUGUGGAACAUUCUCGACCUUCUAUAUUUGACAUGCUCCCUUCUAGGAUCUCGGCAACGCCUCUAACGUACGAGAGACCAAUCAGUGUCCAAGUAUAAAUCCUGUACACACGUCCUCUCGUAUAUUAUAUUAUCACGAUUAUUUUCAACAUUUUCAUUCAAACCAGAGACCAAUAAUGAUAUUAUCUAUUAUAAUUAAUUGUUCUUUUUAUCAGGAAUUUUCAGGUCACCUAUCUAUACUCUUAUUGCACUAAUUUUCCCGACCAUUCAUUGCUGUCUUUCUCUCUCUCUCUCUUUAUGUGUGCCUCUCUCUUUCUAUCAUACUAUUUCUUUUUUCCUUAUGCUUAAUAUCACUGCUUUCUGUGUAUUAUUAUGGAAAUGUAUUGUCAGCCCUCCAUUAUCACUGUUAAAAUAAUAAAAAUUCUGCCAAUUUAAACAUCA